UACAGCGGUGAGUAAAGAUCAGGAGCAGCAGCAUCCUCACUGUCUGACAAACCGGCGGAUGGAGCGGAGGGACGGCAAACUUGAAAACGGUGAAAGCCGGGGACAAAUCUUAAGAUGAGCCAGGGGCCAAAUCUCGUCCUCCAGUGGCUGUCUAAGCUCCACCUGGCCCAGUAUGUGGAGUCAUUCCUUGACAAUGGGUAUGAUGACUUGGAAGUUUGUAAGCAGAUUGGAGAACCAGACCUGGAUGCUAUCGGGGUCCGCAUUCAGUAUCACAGACACAGGCUGCUCACAGCAGUGCAAGCGUUAAAAGAGGAGGACAAAAGGAAAGCACCUGGGUACUAUUUCACCUUAGAGCCUCUGGAUGCUUCCGCCUGCCACCACAUCUCAUACUCAGACAGAGUGGGUGACUUGGGGACGUCGAGGUGUCACGCACAGACUGGAGGAGUGCACCAGGCCUCCUGUCCUGGGAACCAUAACCCGAGGUUCACAGACUGUAAUGACUUUGUGACUUAUCCCAAACUGAAGCUCAAAGUACUCAUACGGGAUAAACUUGCAAAAGAUGGCAUUAACCUGGGACAAGCACCUUACACCCACAAGGAUGGCUCGGUGGGGAACCUAGAUGACCUGGCUCAGGAGUACUCUCAGUAUUACGGCACCUCCCUCAGUGACGUUUGCGAAAGGAUGGAGGAGCUACGGAAACGCAAAGUAGUGCAAGAUGCAGAGAUGGGAAAGAUUGACUCAGUGGCCACAUCAGUGCAGCUGCGCUCACAGAUCCAGGAAUCUCUAGGACUCAGCAGCACCAUGUCGACUCCAGAAACUGAAAGAAGGUUUCCUGUUCACAAAUCCAGCUCGGACGAUGGAUCGGGAGGAAAAUGGGAUGGAAAACGAAAGAGCAAGUCUUUUUGGCAAAGUUUCAAGAAGUCCCAGAAGGGCGUCGUUCAUCAGGUUUCAAAAGGUGAUGAUGUUGGGUUUGUGGCCAGUGAAGUUACGAUGAGUGAUGAGGAGCGAAUUCAGCUGAUGAUGAUGGUGAAGGAAAACAUGAUCUCCAUAGAGGAAGCCCUGGCACGGCUGAAGGAGUUUGAGAUACAAAACAGACAGACAUGCAAGGCUGAGCUCACAGAGUCCACUGAUCCCUCCAGUACCCCAAAUGAGUCGUUCAGCUGUAACCCCUGCGACCUGUCAGACAAUGAACAAGAGGAAUCUGUCGCAUUCAGGAGGCUCCACAAGCUGGUCAACUCAACCCGGAAAGCGAAGAAGAAGCUGAUCAGGAUUGAUGAGUCUAAGAGGCCUGGAGCAGAGGAGAGCCUGAAUGCAGAUGGCCUUCCCUGUGGAGAUGCCAGCAUCUCUCUAUAUUCAGGUUUGCAGAGGAAACCUUUAGUCUGUCCAGUGGACUCCCUGGCUUCAACCCUGCAGGAGCAACUCUCCUACAACCAAGACCCGGACAGCCUGACCACCUCGCCAUCAUCCAGCAGUGUGGACACCUGCAGUAGCCAAAAGACCUUCCAGACCUUGAGCAAGUCUAGUGGUAGCCCUGUUCACCAGGAGACCAACAUAGUAGGGGAGGUGAGGGAGCCAGGUGAAGGUUCAUCCUUUUCUGAAACAGAGGGCUGCAGUGAGGAACCCAAAAUUGCACGCUCGGUGACCGAUGGCGCGCUGCGUCACCCGGUCCUCAACCCACUCAGUCACCACGGGAGAGCUUCUAGCUUUGGAGGAUUUGACCUGACCAACCGCUCAGUGAAUGCAGUCAGCCCUGAGAACGAUAACACUAUCAAAACUGGAGACGGGGAUUUGAGAGAUGGCGUUAAAUCUCCACCAACACCUCGUAUCUCUCUGGGUAAAAAAGUCAAGUCUGUGAGAGAGACGAUGCGCAAACACAUUUCCAAGCGAUACCAUAGUUCUCUCUCUGAGCAGUCAAGUCCAGAUCGCUCUUCCAGCUGCCCUCACUCGCCUCAGAUAGACUCUGACUCUUUGGAGAAGCCCAAACUGAAGCCAGGAGGGUCCGUGGAAAGCCUGAGGAGUUCGCUCAGCGGACAGAGUUCCAUGAGUGGUCAGACGGUGGGCACCACCGACUCCUCCAACAGCAACCGAGAGAGUGUGAAGUCUGAGGACGGAGAGGAAGACGAGCUGCCUUACCGUGGACCCUUUUGUGGACGUGCUCUGGUUCACACAGACUUCACUCCAAGCCCCUAUGACACCGACUCCCUAAAGCUGAAGAGCGGAGACGUCAUCGAUAUCAUUAGUAAGCCUCCGAUGGGUACGUGGAUGGGGAUGCUCAACGGUAAAGUCGGAACCUUCAAGUUCAUUUACGUGGAUGUUCUGAAUGAAGAGGAGGUGAAGCCCAAGAAAACACGCAGGAGGAGAAAGGCCCGGCAACCCAAACCCACCUCUGUGGAGGAACUGCUUGAUCGCAUCAACCUCAAAGAGCACCUCCCCACCUUUCUUUUUAACGGUUACGAGGAUCUGGACACAUUUAAGUUGCUAGAGGAGGAGGACCUGGACGAACUCAACAUCACAGACUCGCAACACAGAGCUGUGCUGCUCACUGCUGUGGAGCUGCUGCAAGAAUAUGAUGGAAGCAGCGACCCAGAGCGAAGCGGUCAGUCUGAAAGCUCGCAGGAGAAGCUGCUGGUGGACAGGCGUGGCCUCUUGGGAGACUCCCCACGAGACUCUGGCUGCUACGAGAGCAAUGAGAACCUGGAGAACGGUAAUGACAGCCUGACCCGCCUGUGAACACUGUCCGCUUCUUCAGCCCUCCUCUGCCUCAUCCCUGUCUAGAAAGACUCUCCAGCUCAAGCAUUCCAAUCCACCAGAUUCCGUUUCCAUGCUCUUCUGGAAAGACUCUGCUGUCGUCGCAUUUACUUCUAGCGCUUCAUGUUUUUGUUUUUGUUUUUUUCCCUCCUCAAGCAUCGUCAUGCUUUUUUUCUGUUUCUGCAUCACUGAAUCAAACUUUUUUGCGGUCACUUGUGUCAGUUCAGUGCUUCUGAAAGUUGCCAUCAUUUGCCUUCUCAACAUAAUACGGAGGACAGGUAACAAGGGACUAGCAAGUUUACUUGAUGUUGAACUGAGCAGUGACAUUUUUCAGGCCUUGGAAGAAUCUGCGUGCAGAGCAGCUUGCAGAUCUACAAAUAGAUCCGCAGUGUUGACUUGUGUGGUUUUUGCAUUUGCUGAAAGUGGCGGCUGUUGUGCGAUGAGUGUGUUUAAACAAGCUUUAGGUCUACUUAUAUUAAAAAACAAACUUUUUCAUUAAUGACAGUACAUUUUUGCAGUAAGUCCUCGCUUUAUUCACAGCUGUAUCAUGCUUACAGUGGUUUUCUCUUUAGACUUAAGUCUACAAACUGUCGAAAUGCAAAGAGCUGUGCUUUCUGAAUGUCACGUGAUUUGAGUACGAUGUCCGAUCAGCCUCACCCGUAUAGUGUAUUUCUUUUAAGAUUCUGAUGUUUGUGUGUAUUUUUUUUAGUCCAGUAAAACCUAAUGUUGCACAAUAUUUUAUCACGUGCCUGAAGACUGCAUAUUGCAGCAGAAUUAAAAUAUUUACUUAACAGUGUAAGUGUUUGAAAUAAGGCAUUUUGUAUCAUUGUAAAUGCACAAAAAUGCACAGGGCUUAGGGCUACUUUAAAAUGUUUAACCAACUUCUCAUUGAAGUGUGGCAUGUUUAGGCCCUGAAGUCUCAGCAUUUUCUGAAGUGUGCUUCUGUCGUGGUUGAGUGUGAGGAAUAAAUCGCUCCAUGCUUUACCACAA